AUGGGAGGAGCAUGCUGUGCGAACAGACGUGAUAAAAUAGAAAAGAAGCCAUUUAUUACCCCUGCAGAGACUCUACCAGGGAAUGAGACUGCAGAUAUGGAGGUAGAAGAUGAAGUAUAGCAGACUUUUGAACCUCAGCAUUACGAAGCUCCUUAAGAUACUAGUCCUAAAAAAAGCUAUCCAAGAUAUUAUGCUGUCAAAAGUGACAAUAUAGAUGUAGUUGUCAGCAAAAUAGUGAAUGAAAACGAAUUUGUCCUUCCUGUUAUUAGAAUUCACAUUGGUAAAUAUCUUAUGGGAACUGAGUGCAAGACUCUGAUAAUCAAGGGUGAGUAGUGCAUGGUCAGAGUUGGAGGAGGUUUUGAAAAGCUAGAUGUUUAUCUCAACAAAAUAUAAGACACUGAGCUUGAUAAGAUUAAGAGAUUAAUGAUCGACUACAAGAGAAAAUAUAGGUCAGUUUUGGUUGAGUUGCUUUUAAAGUAUGGUGCAGAAGAGAAGACUGUUCAGUAUUAUCAAAAGCAAAAGAACCUAGAGCUUCCAGUCAAAAGAAGAAGGACUAAACGAGGAAGCACCCGCAAGUCAAUUGUCAAGCCACCUAGUAUGUUCCAGUAAAUGGAUCAUUUCGAUUAAAAACCGCCAAGUUACGGAGUCUAGCCAAAAAGUAAAGCAAGUCUGCCAGAUGAAAGCAGUAGAUAAUAGUCAAUUAUUAUUCAAAAACUUGAUUAGACUUUGCAAACCUAUGACCAUGGGAAUCUAGAUCAAACUCUAGGUACUUUCACGGAGGAUAUGAGGUUGGACAAUUUUAUGAAAAACUCAAACGAAAGUACUUCCAUAGUCAAUCAAUUAUUCGCCAGAGAUCUUUAAAUUCUGAAAGUUAUUAAGUAAGAGGUAAACAAAAUAGAUGAAAGUGAUAUCAUCAAUUUGAAGUUCAAAUAAGAAACUCAAGAACAUAAUAAUGAUGUUAUCAAUCGAAAACUGUCACCAAAAUUCAGUGAUCAAAAUACAAACAAUGAAACUAAUUAGCAUACCAAUUACACUAAUAUGACUUCUCACUAAAAUGAUGAUAUAACUUAGAGGACUUUGAUAGAUUUCAAUGACAUUAGUGCCAUACCCAUAAGUUCAGAUAAAUUUGCUAAUAAAAGCAGAAAUAACUCAAGGAUCAACAGAAUGUCUUCAAGCUAUGAGAAAUCAAAUAAAGAAUCAUUAGUAUUGGACGAUAUUUAAUAGGAAUUUUAAAGAUAAUUAUUUAAGCCAAUUCAGACUCCUAAUUUGUAAAAAAGCAUUAUUUUUUAAGAUCCAUCAAAUGAAUUACAAAAUCAAGAUUAAAGUUCUGAUCAAGAUCCUUAAUACAUUGAACGAGAGGAUUAAAAUCUGAGAAAUUCACUCUUGAUUCAAUAAGUAUAUUAAGAGGAGUAUAAGGAAGGUGUAGAGAGCUCUCAUUAAUAGGUUUUAUUUUCCCUUUAAAAUGAUAAUGAGAAUACAGAGUAAGCAGAAUAAACGUUUCUUACAUAAGAGCAAAGACUCAAACUUGAAAAAUUAAAAAUGUCAAUUAAAGCAUCUCUCAGGAGAUCAAGAGUACAGAAAGAUAGCAUUGUUAGCAGUAAUACCAAAGAGGAUUAGCAAUCAAGCAGACAAAUGAAUGAUUCUUCUAAUUAAAGUUAUGUGAGUGAUGAAGAUGAGCAAUAAUCUUAAUCAGUGCAAAGUAGUUACUAAUCAGGCAACAAAAGUCAAAUGAUUGAAAAUGAUGAUAACCAAAGCUAGUAUGCUAAUCUAAACCGAAGUUCACUCAUCAGCAAUGAGAACUCUUUGUUUGAUAACUUGAACAACAAUACUUUCAAUGCGAAGACGAUGAAUAGAUAGAUGAGCAAUGAGAGUCUUUACGACAUCACUCCUAAAUUUAGGAAGACUCUCAAUAACAACCUUGCUCUAAAGAGAAUAAAUUCGUCUACGAAUUCUCAAUUUUCAAAGCAAAACACUUAAAGAAAGUCAUAGCUGAAUAUAGUUGGAAGGAAUUCAAUGACCAAUAUAAAGACUUCAGUGCCAAGAUUCACUGGCAACAGAAGAAAUAGUGAUGUCAGUGAUGCUGGAUCGCUUUAAUCUUUUUAGGAUCCAUUUAAUAAGAAUUUUAACUACAAAGCUGUCGUGGAAGAAGAUCAAAUAGAUAAAAUGCUUGAAAAUUUUGUUAAAACUCAUAAAGUUAAAGUGCCAAUUAACUACAUAGAUGAAAGCAGAUACUUAUUUGGUACAAAGUUACUCAAUGCACAGAUAAUAAAUGGUGUGCUCAUGGUCAGAGUGGGUGGCGGGUUCAUGGAACUUGAGGAGUACGUCAACAAGCACAGCCAAAAAGAAAUCUUUAAAUUAAGAGGCAUGAUGGCCAAAGAUAAAGUCAAGCUCCCUAAAAUUACGGCUGAGCUUAUCGAAAAAUUAAAGACUAAAAAAUUCUUCUGA